AUGGAUGGGAGCACUGUUGCUUUCGCGUCGCUUGACGAGCUAGACCAGCAGGGAGAGGGCAGGUCUGACCUACUGCACUUGCAUUCCACAGGUGGAAGCGCUGUUAAGGUCGAGGGGUGUUCGGAUUCUUGGAGAGGAGGGGCAGAGGCUCUUGCCUGUAAGGAGGCAAGUGGCACUUCGACUGCUGCGGAUUCGCCGCCAGAGACUUCACCAGUUGCUCCUGCAGACGCAGGUUUUCCAGCAGCUGAAGUCAGUGUACACGCUGCUGAAGAAGAACAGACCCUUGCGGAAACAACGGCCUGCGACCAUUCAGCAGCACCGCAACAACAAUUGCCUCCAUCUGCCUCACCGGCAUCGGCCAGCGAUGCACAAGAUGAAGGACCGAUCGAUGCAGUGGCUGGAGCUGCAGCGACGGUGGCGGUUGAGGCGCUUCACAAGUCAGAAAAAUUAUCAGAGAGUCACUCACAUUAUCUGCUGAGGAGUAGUGGUCAAGGGGUUUCGAAAGCCUGGGAAGGCGCAAUAGAGCAUGCAGCUGCAGCGGCGUCAGCCACUGCAUCGAGGGUCGCGACGACGGACUUCUCCGCGCUUAAGGUCACAGCGAACCCGCUGUUGGCAGCAGCAAGCUACAUAGGCCUGGGAGCCUCCUGGGACUCAUCUAGUGCUGAUACAGAAGGAAAUGCGAUUUGCAAGAAAGCUGAAUCAGGCGCUGCCACCGCACCUGCCGAAAAUGUACGUGAGGCUAAUAGCCACAACAGCGAACGAGGGAGCCUUGGCUGCGAAGAGGCUCCACCACCAGACAGCGAGGGAUCAGCCAGCUCUCGAUGGCUGCUGGGACGCCUUCGUCUGCCUGGAGUAACUCAGUGGCUUUGCUCUACCAACGUUGGAUGCGACCGGCCGCAGAGCUGCACGGUGGCAGUUGCCGAUACAGAAACGGAAUUAGAAGGCAGCGAAGCAGAGGCCGCCGCUCAAGAGCACUUGGCGACGGUUAGCAGGACCUAUCCCACUGCAGCUGCUGCCGCUGGUGCUGGAAGUUUGCAGGGUCAGGAUGCUCGUCGGCAGGAGGAGCUCGUCACAGCGGACUGCGGCUUCUCUUGUACACCGUCUACUCCGAAGGCGACGCGCGUUGUUAAAGGUCUCCUGGAUGCGCGCAAGCAAGAGAGAGCUACUGUUGCGGGGGAGGGUGGCGCUGGGUGUUGUACUGGGUGUUGUACUGCCGAGCCAGUAAAGACCCCCGAGGGAUUUGAGCCGGUGCUGACCAGCCUGGAAGAAACUGAGGUUACUGCCAUUGCUUGUGAACAUUGCCUGGUGCCGGAUCUAGGUGGAGAGAGAGGGCGGAUGAACGACGAGGGCUCGGAAUCCGCACAAACAGCGACGGACAGAUUGCAGCAACAGCAGAAGCAGAAACUGUGGGAGUCUUUGCGUUCCACGAUGGCGACUUCUUCCCGCCGCUCCGUUGAUGUUGUUCAGCAGGCGGCUACUACAGCUGCUUCUGCUGCUGGAGCGGCUACUAGGGCGCUGGAUGCUCUAGUCGUUCCUCUAUUUGGUACGUGCAUGCACCCAACGACGCAUGAGCGUGUGGGCAGUCAACAUAUAGUAUUAGAAGAAGAAAACUGCCCGGAUCAAGCAGGGGGAAACGCGGAAGGGCCAGAAGAGCUGCUGCACGUUAAUGGAAGAGAAGAUGAACAUUCACAGGCAAAUGAGUUGGCCUGUGGGGCCUCUGAAACCAAUUCUCGCAGCCUACUAACGGAGCUGCAGAGGAGGCAGCAGGCCCUUGCAGAGGCUGUGCGCAACCGAAGCACAAACUUCUUUCAGCAUUCUGUAGCUCUAACCUCCUCAUCGAGUUUCUCGGAGGCGCGAUAUCACUUGGCCGAGAUUGUCGACACAGGCGGUCCCGAGGUUAGCGGGGUGUGGGCUGGCGUUAAAGUGGGUUUGGGCAUAGCCACACUGGCCUCAGGACAUUUGAUUCUGGGAGGCGCGAUGGUCGCUGUGGCAACCAGUUCGUUGGGGAGCGCCCUUCUGUGGGGUCGGCAUCGCCAAGAAGUUUAUGAGAUAAUGCGCGGGGACUACGCAGGAGAUGAAGACCCGUCCCAGGCAGCUGAAGGCUUGAGCAAUGCUGGGGAAAUUCCUGAGGGGAGUGAGGAGUUUGAGGAGUCGGGGAUGCUUAGCAGCAUUGCCGGUGGGGAUGAAGACAGCUGCGCAGCGACAGCAUCCUUUCCGCUGUCUUCGACUCCACUUGUGCAAUGUGAUGCUGGCAAUGUACCUAACAGCAGCAGCGCAGCAAGCGAAGCGCUUACAGGGCCCAGUGGUGACGACGGGGCCCUCGCCUUGGAGUAA